CGUCUCGGAAACGGAAGAUAACUUCAAUUUUAUAAGAUUGUGUUUGGAAACAUUAAUGUGGUCUGGAUAAAUUUGGAAAACCUUAACGAUAAGGAAAUAUUUCAAUUUCAUUGUUAUUAUUGAAUCGUCUAGUGCUCCAAUCCUAAAGUAAUCAAUUAAUUUAUAAAAUGGCUGAUCCUGCAAAUGAUGUCCAUUCCGCUCUCCAACAAGUGUUGAAAACUUCAUUGAUUAAUAAUGGUCUUGCUAGAGGUUUACAUGAAGCUGCUAAAGCAUUAGAUAAGAGACAAGCUCAUUUAUGUGUUUUAGCUACAGAUUGUGAUGAACCAAGUUACAUCAAAUUGGUCGAAGCCUUGUGUAAGGAGCACCAAAUUUCGUUGAUCAAAUUGGACGAUAACAAGAAAUUAGGAGAAUGGGCCGGUUUAUGUAAAAUCGACAAGGAUGGUAAAGCAAGGAAAGUCGUCGGCUGUAAAUGUGUUGUGAUUAAAGAUUACGGAAAGGAAACGCCGGCACAAGAUAUUAUUAAUGAAUAUUUAAAAACAAGACAAGCUCUUUAAAUUUAUUAGAUUAAAGAUUCUUCAUUUAAUGAACACGUGUUUCCCAAACACCUAUGUAUUCAGAAUCGAGGUUAAAAUAAAGCCGUUCAAUACAAUUAC